UGGAGUUACAGGUAUGAGCCACCACACCCGGCUCUUCCCAUGUGUUCUGGCAGGGAAUGCUGUUGUCCCCCACGCCUACCCUAAGAGGAAGACUUCUCCUGGGAAGAGAUGCUCACUGUGCCCAGGCCCUGCCCUGACUGGAGCUGGCAGAAAGGGUCCCAGAGGGAGAACUUGUGCCACUCUGCCCAAAGCCAGAGUCCCUGAGGCACACACUCCAUCAGGCACCAAGGUUAAUUCCAACUGCCAGUUAGUAUUUAACUUUCCAUACAUGAUUAGAUUAAACAUGAGGGUUCAUAAAAGCCUAGGAUUGUAGACUGCAGUUGCAAGGGCUUAGAUGGUCGUAAGCUGAAGGUGCCCAGCUGGCUGAGGCUUAUGUGCAACCCAGAAGGGAGCUCGCUAACGCCAGCAAGAAGGUUCAGAACAGCCCAAGCUUUGGAAAGGAAUUUCCUUGCCCACACGCUGCAUAGCAGGAGGGAAACAUGCCUAUUUUAUCCAAUUUCACACGGACGCUGGAAGGUGUCUUCCAAAGGAUUUUUAUUACUUAUAUGGAGGAUUGGCGCAGGAACAUGACAGCUGAGCAAGAGGCCCUCCAAGCCAAAGUGGAUGCUGAGAACUUCAACUACGUCAUCUUGUACCUCAUGGUGAUGAUCGGAAUGUUCUCUUUCAUCAUUGUGGCCAUCCUGGUGAGCACUGUGAAGUCCAAGAGACAGGAACACUCCAACGACCCCUACCACCAGUACAUCGUAGAGGACUGGCAGGAAAAGUACAAGAGCCAAAUCUUGAAUCUAGAAGAAUCAAAGGCUACCAUCCAUGAGAAUAUCGGUGCGGCCGGAUUCCAAAUGUCCCCUUGAUAAGGAAGAAAGGUACCAGGCCAACACCUGACAUCCAGACAUGAGAUGCCAGUGCCACGAGGCAAAUCCAAAUUGUCAUUGCUUAGAAGAAAGUGAGUUCCUGGUUCUCUGUUGAGAAUUCUCAUGGAGAUUAUGUGGUUGGCCAAUGAAGAUAGAUGACAUUUCA